UUUAAAACAUUCACACGUGAAGGUUGUUCCAUUCGUCGCAAUCGUAAUUGAUUUUUGUCAUUUUAAACAUAAAAAUAAAAGCAAAGCCUUUCAUUUCUUUUGUGAAUAAAAAAAUAAUUCGAAAAUUGACCGCAUUAAAAAUUCUGGUCGCAGUGAAGAAAUCGAAGUAAACCAAAAAAAAAACUGAAGAUAAAGAGGGGAAAAUGUUUGUUUGAAUGGCGGAAAAAAAUAUUUUAUCUCCGAACCAACCAAAAAGUUAUAUUUCGUGAAGAAAAAGAAGAAAAUCAUUUUAAAGUUUGAGAGAUUUAAGCAGUUGCUACACGGAAUAUAUACGGAUAAAUGUAUGAAAAAGCGGCUAUUAUGUACUGUCAAAAUUUCACCGAAACAUCAACGAACAACGAACAUUCCUAAAUACGAGGGAGAAAUGCCAAACAAACAAGAAGAAAAUACUUGUGUAUGUAUGCGUGAACAUCAAUGAAAGUGACAAAUUGUAUCAUAGAUACAUUAAAAGACAACGAAUUAAAGAAGAGAAUUAUUUCGACGAUAUUAUACAGCUGAUCAAAAAGUUAUUGUGUUUAAAUUGACUCUUUUUUUUAAAUUUGCCCGACAAAAUUAGUCAAUCAAAUUAUUUCAUUCCUAGUCACCCAUUUCCAUUGUGAAUGUGUUUUGUGUGCUGUAAAACUACAAUUUGAGACAGUUCAACAUUUGUGCAAAGAUAAAAUUCAUAUCCAAAUCGUCCAUAUUUCGGCGAAAAAAACAUUUUGAAUUAUUCAAUACCUCAUGCUAUAAGUGAUACGAUUUCGAGCCUUAAGAGACGAAAAACUAUAUGUGUAUUUGAAAAGAAAAUGUCUAUUUUCAAAUUAAUUAUAACAAAACCAACAAUUGUUUAAUGAUAAUAUACGUUUCAUUGAACUUUUGAUCCUUAUUUAAAUUGAUAUCAAACACUUUUAAUUUUUGUUGAUUUAAAAAAAGAAAAUAAUAAGACAAAUUACACUGGGAAGACCACUCAAGGGCGAAUAGAAAAUUAUAGUACCUUUGCCGACAAGAAAAAAAAUUACAAACACAAUAGUUUUACUUGACGUUUGUAUAUUGUGAAUGAAACAAUUCAAUUCUUAGUCUUUAUAUAAGACAGUCAAGUUAUACCAAAAUAACAAUUAAUUCGCUGCAACAGAGCAGAAAAAACUAUUUUAUAAGUUAUAAAUAUCAAAUCGAUCAAAAUGAGUGGAUAUCAUCAGGAAGUGUCAACAAACAUUGAGAACAGCCGAAACUCACUACGGCGUAUCGCAACAAACGAUGAUACAGAAUUCUCCCGCGAAAGUAUCGUAAAUUUAAUGGAGAAAUUCGUCAAAACGGUGAAUGUUAUGGAUGAAACGAUACUGGUACCAUGCCGGUUGAUGGAUAGAACGGUUGGCGAUGCCACUGAUACAAUAGUACCAGAUGCAGCUAGUGCAUCACCGUCAAAACACCACCAUCAUCAUUCCACAAAUAGUAAAAAGAAACGUGCUCCAGUUCACGAAAGUCUUAGUUCAGCUGAAUUAUUCACCUUAUACAAUAUGUUGAAUGGUGUCAAAGUGGACUUAUUGUGGGGACGCAACAGUGAAGAGCAACCAGAAGAAAUUCAAAGUGAAUUAGAUGACGAUAAGCAAACAAGUUCCAACUCAACCAUCGUGCCAUGCGUCAAUUCAAGCAUUGAUAGUAAUACCAACAAUAACGGUAGCAGUACAAAAGAUGUUAAAGGUCACGCAAGACGUCCAAGCACCGCAUCGGUUGCUUCAUCCAAUUCAGUCACAACAUUGAGCGAUUCUGAUAGUGAAAUCUCCACAGAAAAUGAUUCAGGCAUCGAAUCAGAGUGCAAACACGGAAUCGACAAAUCACGUGAUUUAGCUAAACAAUAUCGUAAACAUUUAUUAGGUUUAUAUCGUUGUCUGGAACAAAUGACCGACGCAGCUAAUUAUCUAACAGCUCGGUAUCAAAGUGAUAUCGGACCAGUUUAAUAUACACACAACCCAAUUGUAGUAAAAAAACCAACCGCAACACAAACCUAAAAACAAAAACAAAAAUUAAUGCAAAAUAAUUUGAUUUUAAUUACGUCGUUCAAUUCACAAUUAAAUUUACAAACUUGAAGAAAGAAGGAAAUCUUAAGCUGCUAAACAUCUGAAAGUAACAAUCUAUCAUUGUACGAAAAUAUCGAACAAUUUAAAUGGAAUAUUUUGUAAGAGAAUAAGUGUCAUCAUUUUUUUUCAUUUCGUGUUAUGUUUUUCUUUUUAAAUAUUUUGGGCGUUAGAGUAGGAGGCAGAUAUAUUUGCCAGAAUUAUCCUGCCAGCUUCAUCAUAUAAAGAAAUAUCAUUGGUUAAUAUUAAUGAAAUGUGAAAAUUUGAUCGGAAUAUCUAUUUGUUAUCGGAAAUUCAUUCCAUUUGCCAAGCCAAAUGGGUCCCAUUAUACGGUGAUAUGUAGCCUAUGAAUGUAUCAUAUGAAUUAACAAUAAAAACAAAACAAUACACACAUAGCCGACCUAAACCUAUAAAUGACAAACAUAUUUUUGAACAAUUUGUGAUUUCCAAAGAUCAAGGCCAAUUCGUUUGCACAAAAUCGAUUGAAAAAUUCACAAAAUAUAGAACGUUUAUGUCAUCCAAGUCAGUAAUUAAUUUAGUUUUAUUUAUUUAAAACGUGGAAAAAAAAUAUAAAAAAAAUAUAUAUUAACUCGAUAUAUGCCCAAGAAAGCAAUUUGUUUCCCUUUAAAUAUUCACAUUCUUCUUCCAUAACGAUAUUAAACUAUUGAUUAAUUUUUGAAAUUCAGCAAACUUGGUCAAAUUCAAUUAAAAAUUGGAUUAUGCAAACCUAACUUGCCUUGGCCUGCAAUCAAAUAAACGACAUUUAUAUGAUUAUGUUUAGCUUAAUUUGAUCGAUGUGCAUACAAAUUAAAACCAAAUGAUGCGAAAUACGCCGGAUAUAACAAUUGAUAUUUGAUUCACAAUAUUUUGCUGUUCGUAAAAUAACAAAAAAACAAUGUUAUAUAUCGCUGUGAAGAAAUAAACAGAAUUCAUUAGCAUGGAGAAAUGUAGUAAUCGCUUUUUUUCGUAUUAGGAAAUAAAAGAAAAAUUAUACGAAAAAUGUAAUUGAAAAUACUUUAAUUCUUUUUUAUAUGGUUAUGGAGGUUAAAAUGUGAAUCUAAAAAGCAAUCCAAAAAACAAGGCCUUUUCAAUACAUUUUUUAUUUUUCAUUAUUCUCUCGAUUAUAAUUUUUAUGUUAAUCCAUUAGAUUCUUCUAAAGAUCAAAUCAAGUUGAAUGUGAGAAAAUGAAUCUUGAAUUCCACAAAAAAUCGCAUAAGUUUAUAUAAAUAGAAUAUAAAAAAAAUGAAAGAAUUUUUUAUAUAAAUCGUUUGUAAGAAAAAUGUGUAUGGUUGAAAAAAAAAAAAAUUAUCAAAAAAGUCUUAUUUAAAACAACAACAUAAAUUUUCACUUUCAUACAUAACAGAAACGAAUGAAAAUGUGUAAAAUAAAAAAUUAUGUGAAACAUAUGUAAGAAUCUCGUUUUGCGAGAAAAAAAACUGCUUUUGUUCUACAGACAAGACUGUGAGAGACGCUUUCCAAAGAUCAAAAUGUAAUUUAUACAAUGAAAAAAAAAUUGUCUGUAAACAGUUUUCUAGUACAAAAAUUUACCAACAACAUUGUGAUUUUGUCAACAAUCAAGUUUGGAUUGUGCUUUUUGCAGAAAUUUUGUUCAAGCCCGCCUCUGUAUUGUAUGUGAAAAGAAUCAACAAAAAAUGUUAGUCGAUACGAAUCCAUCAUCGAGGCGACAAUGCAAUAACUUAAUAUUACCAAAUUGUAACGAAAAAAAUGUUCGGUUUGAAAUGUAAAAAUAAAAAUAAAACUACAAUAGAAAA